ACCCGGGGAUCAUGACCUGAGCCAAAAGCAGACGCUUCACCCACUGAGCCAGAGAGGCGCCUCACCAAGUGUGUUUUUUGAAAGGAGCUCUUUUUGUGCUGUUCUGUUCAUCAGUUACAGGGAAAUUCUUCAUUUUGUGUUAUUUUAACAUUAUAUAAGUUCUGGUCAUGGCACUGUUCACACAGAGUGUUAUCCCCAGCUGUGACAGAUCCGGGGCCUGCCUGAGGUGUGUUUCGGAGAGCGCAAGCAAGUGGCACUGUGUCUAAGGGCUGUGAGUGGCGACUGUUCCUUGGGCCCCGCCGGUGUGGCUGACAGAGGGACCACAGAGAGUUGCUGAUGGGGAGUGGUGGCCACCUUGAGGGGGGCUCACACCUUCUGCUCUUGAGGGACCCUGAGGACGAGGAGGAGGAGGAGAGAAGGGCGUGCAUUUGACGUCCGACAGGCUUCUGCACAGUGGGCUUUCCGGGGAUGGACAGCAGCUGGUGCCACACCACCUACCAGGCUGGAGGUCGGGCAUGCUUCCUGUGAAGGGCCGGGGUGCUCUUUGCAGUGCGAGGCAUGGGCAGGAAAACAGUGGGACCUCCAGAAUCGCGGUGUGGUCUCACCGUGUGCAGCUGCCUGUGACCUUGGGAGCUUCGUGAGGACCCUCAGCCAGGGCCCUCGUCUGUCCAAGCUCUCACGGGCCCUUCUGUAUGUGCUCGGCGGGGAGCGGCCGUUCAGUGAGAGGCCUCACUGUUUCCCUCAAACUCUUCCUAGGGCCACCACCGUGCGCUACAAAGGGAGAAACCUGCGGAUCAAAGCGCCUAUGUGCCGUGCGCUGAAGAAGCUCUGUGACCCGGACGGCUUGAGUGACGAAGAGGACCAGAAGCCAGUGCGCCUGCCCCUGAAGGUCCCGGUCGAGCUGCAGCCAAGGAACAACCAUGCCUGGGCCCGCGUGCAGAGCCUGGCCCAGAACCCGAGGCUCAGGAUGAUUGUGGAGCUCCACCGGAAGGUCUCCAGCCUCAUUGAGUUCCUGAAACAGAAGUGGGCGCUCCACGAAGUGAGGGUCCGGAAGACGCUCGAGGACCGGCAGCUGCAGCACUCGCGAUCAGAGCCGUCGCAGGAGAAGGUGGCGCUGCACCUGUUCCCAGGAGAGAGUUGCACGCUCACGCCCCUGCCGGGGGUGGCCCGCGUCGUGCACUCCAAAGCCUUCUGCACCGUGCACUGGCAGGAGGGCGGCAGGUGCAGGCAGAGCUCCAGGGAUGCCCACACGUUGCCUCCGGCCCAGAUCCUGGGCAUCCAGAGCGGGCAGGGCACGGCUAGGGGCCAGGUGAAGUGUCCACGGGGUGGUGCCGAGGGCAGGGGCCCGGGACGUCCCCCUCCUUCCACCGACGCCUCACAGAGCUCUGGAGAGAGUUCCCCUGAAAGUGCCCCUGGGGAGGGGGCCACCCUGAGCCUCAGCAGCCUAGACACUCCUGACAGGCUGCCCCCGGGGCUCCAAGAUGCCGGGGGACGGCUUGAGAAGACCCCCAGGGCUGCUCCUGCAGAGGGCAGGGACGGCCCAGCCCUAGAGCCUGGGGAUGUGACGUGCGCCUGCAGCCAGCUGCCAGAGCUGGAAGAUGAGCUCUCCCUCCUUGACCCCUUCCCGCGCUACAUGAAGUCCUGUCAGGACCUCAUCAUCCCCGAGCAGUGCCGCUGUGCAGACUUGCGGCCCUCAGGGUGCACCUCCCCAGAGACCCGCGUCCCCAGCAGUGCAGAGGUGGCUGACCUCACCCGGGCUGGGUCGCUAUCCCCUGUCCGUGCCCUACUGGGUCCAGAGCCUCAGCCCAGCCCUGGGCUUCAGCCAGAUGUUUGCACUAAAGACUCAGCAGACGCCCCUGCAGAGGAGCCACAGGAGAAGGUGAAUCCCUCGGAUCCCCUGCCUCAGGGACAGCCUGCUGCCAAGCCUCCGAAGGAUGUCCCUGCCAGCCGGCUAGCCCAGCAGCUCCGUGAGGAGGGCUGGAACCUGCAGACCUCUGAAAGCCUUACGCUGGCCGAAGUCUACCUCAUGAUGGGCAAACCGAACAAGCUGCAGCUGGAGUAUGACUGGCUUGCUGUGCUGGGCCCUGAGGGCCAGGCCCCCGGUGGGCAGGCCCAGGGCCCCCGCACCGGCUCCCCGCCCUCCACCUUCCACAAGCAGCGCCUCCUCAGCUGCCUCCUGAAGCUCAUCUCCACUGAGGUCAACCCCAGGCUGGCUCCAGAAGGGAACACCAGCUCCACGGCUUCAGUGAGGCCCACCCAGGAGGAGCAGUUGGCUACGCCCCCAGGAAAGGUGGUGACUGUCAGCUCCCGGAGCCCCCGCUGCCCGCGCAGCCAGACUGCCCUCCGCAACAGCAAGACCUUCUCUCCCAGCUCCACGCCUUGCUCCUCAGGUCUGAGAAACCCGCCAAGACCCCUGCUGGUGGCGGGCCCCUCCAGCACAGGUAGCAGUGACUCAGACGGCGGCCUUUUUGCUGUCCCGACCACUCUGCCGCCCAACAGCCGCCACGGGAAGCUCUAUUCUCCCAGUAAAGAAACCGAACUGACUUUCCGUCAGCACCUAAACUCCAUCAGCAUGCAGUCGGAUUUCUUCUUGCCGAAGCCCAGGAAGUUGCGGAACCGGCACCUGCGGAAGCCCCUGGUGGUCCAGAGAACACUGCUUCCUCGACCGUCUGAGCACCAGUCCCACAACGUCUGUUCCUUUUCCAUCCUGUCCAAUUCCUCCGUGACUGGGAGAGGCUCGUUCAGGCCCAUCCAUUCUUCCCUGACCAAAGCAGCCCUGUCUCGGCCGAUUGUGCCCAAGGUCCUUCCACCCCCAGCCACGGGCCACCUGGCCAGUGCUAUUGACUUAGCAGCUAAAAGUGCCGGCAUCAUCCCUGGGAGCCCUCUCCCUGUCUUGGACGCUGAGGGCUUGUCCGGCAUCUCUCCGCUGUCUUCAGAUGAGGUGACUCCCACCGUCCCAGGUCAGGACUCCACCAGCACCCACCAGAAUGGAGAUUCCAUCCCCGCUGUCAGGGGCACGAGCGACCCGUUCAUCAGUGUCCCCUCGAGGCCUGAGCAGGAGCCAGUGACGGACGGUUUCCAGGGCUCACCCGUGCUGUCCUUAUCCGAGCUGUCCAAGGCUCCUCUCCACAACGGGCCCCCCGCACCCCUGCCUGUGCCGGAGGGCUCCAGCAGCCGCCUGUCCCCACCCAACGUCUCCGCGCUGCUGGACAUCUCCCUGCCCGGGCCGCCCGAGGACGUGCUCUCACAGGGCGAGCCCGCCACACACAUCAGCGACUCCAUCAUUGAGAUUGCCAUCAGCUCCGGCCAGUACGGUGAGGGAGUCUCUCUUUCUCCAGCAAAACUGAAUGGCAGUGACAGCUCCAAGAGUCUUCCCUCCCCAUCCAGCAGCCCCCAGCCCGAUUGGAUCGCCUCCCCGACCCAUGACCCCCAGUGGUGCCCCAGUGACCCCACAGACUCAUCGCUCAGCAGCUUGUUUGCAAGCUUCAUCUCCCCAGAGAAGAGCCGGAAGAUGCUGCCAACUCCUGCAGGGACCCACAGCGGCACCUCCCUGCUGGGCCCCAGCUUGCUGGAUGGGAACUCGAGAGACUCGUUUGUGUCCCGGUCCCUGGCUGAUGUUGCUGAGGUUGUGGAUUCCCAGCUGGUGUGCAUGAUGAAUGAAAACAGCAUUGAUUACAUAUCUCGAUUCAACGAUUUGGCCCAAGAACUGUCCAUCGCUGAGCCUGGCCGCCGAGAGGUUCUGUUUGAUGGCAGUGGAGGUGGCCCCCCCGUCGGUGACCUGUCCCAGUGACCAGACCUCGCCCCUGCUGGGGCAUCCUGGAGGCUGCAGAGGAGGGCUGGUGGUCCUCCACUGCGGUAUGUGUAGCCCUCUCCAGGCUAGAGAAAACAGAAAUCCAGCCCAGGACCCCCCAGAAGACGGUCUGAGCAGAGGACUCUCUGUGCCCCAGAACAGACAACGUGCAGGAAGCUGCGUCCCGAUGGGCAGAGGGCCACGGUGGCCCGGGAGGUGAGGACAGGUUCUGUCAGAGGGCCCGUGUCAGACACUGCUGUGGCAUCAGAGCCACUCCCUGCCAGCCGUGGGAUAGUGCUUGCCGGCCGCACUUCCACCCCCGUCACCGUGUUGGACGUUGCAGUGGGUUUUCUUUCCGAGGGAAAGGAGUGGGUGUGCGGCAGCCAAGGCCCAGGGAGUCCCAGCCUCCCUGCUCUCUGCAGGGACACUUUCAGCCACCACUGCUUUUUUCUGCCAAACCUAUGCACCUUUCGGUUGCUCUCUCUGCACAUGACGGGGAAGGACAGCUGGGCAUGGCCUGGGCUCUGCCUGGUAGGGUCUGCACCCUUAGCGGACACUUGCGAGGACGCGCGGAUCACAGGGCAGCGUCCCUGGUGCCAUCACCCCAGAAACACUGACCUCGCCUAGUGCGUUCUCCCACCUGGAGGUUUAUUCUGACUGACUUAACGGGAAGGAGGAGAGAAUCCUGUUUUGUGCAGCUUGUGUGGACUUUCAGAAAAAAACCCUGCUGAAGUGGUUGGAAAAAGGUUUUCCUUAUGUUUUGAGAAUUAGGAGACGGUGAAGAAGAAGAGAGUUCAUGGUUUCCUUCCUGUGUUGAAGCCAAGCCUUCGGCUUCGAGUCCCUGAACCGCCAGGGGGCUGCUGGCUAGCCGCUGACGUGCGCUGCCUUUCCAGGGAAGGUCUUCGCCUCUUCAGCGUCUCCUCUUCAUUCCACGGGCUUCCCUGCAGAGUCCACCUGCUGCAUACAUUUCCUCCUUCGUGUUUCCUCCCAUCCCGUGGUCCUCUGUUUCUCUUCUUCCAGCGCAGGGAACGCGAGCAAGGCGCAGACCCUGGGUGCAGUCAGAGCACGCUAAAACCACUUCCCUCUCAUGUACUCCUCAGGCCCCCUUGGGUGACCGUUGGUCAUCACUGCCGACGGGUCGGUGCCCAGAAUGGAGCUGACAGGGCUGCUUUGUUCUCAGCCUUCGGAGGCUCAACAGACAAAAGCCCAUCCAGCCCCCCAUCCAUUGUGGCCAGCAUCCAGUGCUAUGGUGUUGGUCAGGUAGUAACCUGUGCACCACCAUCCCACCUACUGCUUCGCUCUCCACCUGCAGUCCAGACCAGCUUGGCUUCUGAAACCACCUGAACGGAGGACAGUUUCUCUUUCCUCUUCCCGACUGGCAGUGGAGUGGCAGCCGCCCAGGCCAGUCCCAGCCCUCUGCACGGGCUUCUCUCCCUGUCCAUGAUGAAGAGGUGAGGCAGCAUGGAAAAGAACAGAAAAGGUCUUUCAUGUGUGCAAGCAGAGGGGAUGCUCCUGGUCCCAAGGUCUCAGCAGCCAGCUGCAGCCCCUCCAGGCUGUAGGCUGCGUCAUUCACCCCGGCCACGGAGGAAAGAGAGGGCAGUGGGGCCUCCAGACAGAGGAGGUUCCUUCCUUCAUCUCCAGUGUUUCAGAGCUCUUGCCUGUAACAUGGUUUCCUUCUUUCAGGUCUGGUUCUAGGUACAAACAUCACUAAUAAGACCCACCAUGGGCAGCUCUUCUGGGCUCUUAAAAAAAAGUCCCAAAGUUCUGGAGAUGUGUAAGAGAGCGACAUGGUGUCCCUUUAUUAAAGAGAGCAUCGUUUGAACCAGAGUAUCUUUAAACUAACUUGUAUGGUUUAGCGAUCUAUCAGCUUCCUGAACUUAGCACCUUCUGGAAGUGAUAUCAGUGGAUCUCUCUGGGCAUCUGACUUUGUUAGGUCUGUGGUAGGUGAGGACACCAGGCCAAGUGUAGGCCACUACUAACUUGCUCGUACCCCCGCUGUGGGGGACCAGAGACCCCCGGUACCAUUACAGCAUCGAUGCUAGGGGCAGUACUUGAUGGCAGUGUGUGCGUUGCUGGAGACUGUAGGAGUCCUGAGCCGCUUUCAUCAGGGGAUACCCGAGGCAGUCUAGCGGGUAGGCUGGCACCAGUUUUCAGUGAUACCUAAAAGGAGGAAAACUAGAGACUUGGGAUCAGCUUUGGUAGGCUCUUCAGUGGCAUCAUCCACUAGGGGCUUAACCACAGACUCCAUCUGGAGUGUCAUCCGGGGAAGGGUGGGUUAGGGAGGACAGUGGACUGAUUCUUCUCACCUGUAGCAAAGCUGACACGAUUCCAGAGAAUUCUGCCACUUCUGCAGCAACCUGACAGGUGUAAGCAUUUGCUUGCCGUGUUAAGGGAAAGUGACAUCAUUAGUAGCAAAGGGUGAGUCUUUUUUCUUCCAGCCUAAAUGAAUAUAUAUGUAUAAAAAUAAGCAGCUGUUAAAGGCUAGAAUUUUCCAAAAGAUGCAAGCAGAGAAACUCCCCUCUUCCUGUAUCUUGCUCUGCCUGUGCCACGGGAGUCGUAGUCUUGGUGUACACCUGUGACUUUCUUCGUGCAUUUGAGCAUGCUGUGAUUAAGACCACAUCCGUUCCUCAGAAAAAUCCUUCCCUAGUCACUCUAAUGAUGUCUGGGAUCUUUUUGCUGAUUCAGCUUUUGUAAAGCUAGACUAUCUCUGGUCUCCAGGGAGUUGUUUUGGCAGGUGAUGAGCUUAGAAGAUGCAGCUUGUGACUCCAGUAAGAUCGGCGAGGACGUCGCCCUCACCUCUCUGUAUCUGCUAGGUGUAGAGUACUUGCUCAGGGAGUGGGGUAUUUGGAAAUAAAGGCAAGCUUUCCCAUGUCUCCAGCGGCUUAGCAUUGGGAUCCUGAAAAGGGCGUCCUUUUCAGUGGAAUAGCAUCUUUUAACUAGAUCACAGCAAGGAAUCCAAACUUAAGCCAAGAAAAGUCAUGGAAUAAAAGACACUGGAAGCAAGUAGAGGAGGAAAGCAGCAGUUGCUGGUUUUUUGUUUUUAAAGACCUUGAGAUCUAUCAGAUGCAUUUGAGAGAAAAUAGGGCACUUUGUCUUAAGAAAAAAAGGAAGAAACCCACAGCGAACCUGUCCUGUGAUUGGUGACUCACGAGAAGCUGUGUUCGAGGCACUACAGCAACCUGGACCCUGUGUUGUGUAGCGGGACAGCGGCUUAGAUCUUGCGGUCUGGGCGGCAGAACUCACCGCGGUUUCCUUUAAUAAUCGUUAAGCCAUAUCAUCUGAGGUUUUCGGCUUGUUUGAGAUGUGAAUUUGUUUUAUAGAUUAUAAAUAUACAUAUACAGUGUAUGUAUAAAGCAGAAUGCCUGUCCUUCCUGAUUAUUUUUUGUACCAUAUUGUAAAUUAUAUUAUUUAUUCUUUACCAAUUUUGGGAAUAAAAGGUGUUUUGGUUAUUUAAUAUAAUAAACAAAAGCUGUUAAACUUCUUAUGUUUAAAUUUCCAGUUCAACUUGUAAAUGUUUUUAUUGUGCAUAAAUACAUACUAAUACUUGAUCUAAUA